AUGCGCGCCGGGGAUGCGGCGCUCGAGAAGGUGAGUGAGGCGUUCGUAGAGGGUGCUGUGUCUGCCGCUGGUGCAGAGAGCCGCUGCAAACUGUGGUGCUGCACUUGUGGGACGGCAGCAGUAGCACGGCCGCUUUGCCACCUGACGCUCUUUAACACGGUGGUGCCGGUGGUGGUGUGCACGGCGCUAACAGGAGCUGCAGGUGGCUCUGCGCCUGCACCGUUCGGCCGCGGUGCUGAUGGAUAUCUGCCACUACGGCCAGCUGUGCACGCGGAAUGA